UCGCGGAUACGGCCUGUUGUGGUGAAGGCCCCAUGAGUGCGGCGCCCCUGGUGGGCUACAGCAGCAGCGGCUCGGAGGAUGAGGAUGAGGCCGAGGCCGCGGCCGGGGCGGCCGGGACCCAGGCGCGACCCGGAGCUGGAGGCUGCCGGCGUUCCCAGGGCCCUCUCCCCAGCCAGAGGUUGCCAGUACCUGACAGUGUGCUGCACAUGUUCCUAGACACUGAGGGAGAGCCUGAGGAUGACCAGGAAAAACAUGGAGGCCGGGUGCGCACCUUCCCCCAUGAGCGGGGCAACUGGGCUACCCACGUCUAUGUGCCAUAUGAAACGAGGGAGGACUUCCUGGAUCUGCUGGACAUGUUGCUGGCCCACGCCCAGACAUAUGUCCCCCGGCUGGUCCAGAUGGAGGCAUUCCACAUCAGCCUGUCCCAGAGCGUGGUGCUGCGGCAUCAUUGGAUCGUCCCCUUCGUGCAGGCUCUGAAGGACCGCCUGGCCUCCUUCCAGCGAUUCUUCUUUACUGCCAACCGGGUAAAGAUUUAUACCAAUCAAGAGAAAACCAGGACCUUUGUCGGACUUGAGGUCACCUCCGGGCACCCCCAGUUCCUGGACCUGGUCUCGGAGGUAGACAGAGUCAUGGAGGAAUUUGACCUCACCACUUUCUACCAGGACCCUUCAUUCCACGUCAGUCUGGCCUGGUGUGUGGGGGACGCGCGUCUCCAGCUAGAAGGGCGGUGCCUGCGGGAACUACAGAACAUUGUGGAUGAGUUUGAAGACCCCGAGAUGGUGCUGCGUGCGCAUGCCGAGCAGGUCCGCUGCAAGUCUGGGAACAAGUUCUUCUCCAUGCCUUUGAAGUGAGCACCAGAGACCCUCAUCCCAGGCCCCUCUGCAGGCCAGGCAGAGACGGAGAAGCCUGCUCCAAGACUUGGCGAGGCGCCCAGCCUCCCAAAGGGAGGCCUGGUUUGGAGCGCAGGCACUGCUGGUGGUUCCUUGGGGGAUUGUUUGCUCCCAGCUGGUUUGGGUGCGGUCCAGCUCUGCUGUGUGUGGUCAUUAUCAGGAAUCACCAGUAGAGGGCAGCCUGGGCUUCCUAGUUCUAGAUCUGUGGCCUGUUGACUUGCCGGGCACAAAAGAAAGUCAGGGUCAUGGUGAGCCCACCCAGACUCAGCCAGCAACCCCACUGUAGCCCCUCCAACAAACGGCCCCGACCCCACACCCUCCCCACAUCGGCUGUUUGCAUUUGGAGGCCAUUGGCCUCCGUCAGGGUUCCCCUGGCUCUUCUCUACUCACGCUGGACACACUGUUUUAAUGGGUCCACCACCCUCCCUCCCUGAAGUUCAUCACUUUUAUUUAUUUUUGGUCUCCCCCUCUGGUGCCAGCGGAGGCCAUCUCAGGGCCAAGGUGCAGAGCUUUUCUCCCCCCACCCUCCCCCCACCUCCUACCUCCCACUCGCCCCCAGCCAGGUGCCUGGGGAACCGGGAGCAGAUGUUUCAUUUUGGCCUGGCUAUGGAGGCUCUAAGCCAGCCCUCCAACGCUCUGUGACCUCUGGCUUCUCCUCAGCUUUCCCAAAGAGGCGGAGGGGCAAGGCCUUCCCCCAGUUCUCUCUCCACUGCCUCCAGCCGCCUGCCAUGGGCACUCUGAGGGGGGCUCCAAGGAAAGGCCAGGGGUUGUCCGGGCCUUUUAUUUUCCAUCAGGCCUUCACCAGAGCAAAAGACCAGUCCUCUCCAGUUGUCCUCUCUAUCUCUGGUGAUGAGAGAUAUUUUUAUGUUAUGGUUUUCAGUUAUGUUCCAGUAAAAAUUACAGUUUCAA